CAUGACCUGCCUGCUUGUGGUUUCGGGUGUGUUAAUUGUGCUUCUAGCAGUGUUUCUGAGGAGGAGGGACCCCGAGCCUAUCUUCGGUAUAUAUUCAGUACCCGGGAAAUGGUAUUAUGUGAAAUACUUAGUGUUCGCCUGCCUUUAUUACUAUAGGAAGUAUUCGAGCAAAAACCAUGAAGCUGGCAAGGACGGUAGAGCGGGGCAGGGAGUCAAAGCCAUAGCCAACCCUGCUGACAUGGACAAAGCUCAGCCUCUUAGCUAUCACGCGAAGGCAUUCGACGCAGUGUUCUUCAUAUCAGCGAAGAAGGAAGACGAUAAAGAUAAAGGCGUGUACGUGAUAUCCGGCUGUGAGCGACGGCCUAUGGGGAUGUGCAAUGGCCUUUUCUAUAUUGGGUUGCCUGGCAAAGGACUUCUCUGCAGCAAGAAGAUUCCGGAUACGGUGCUAUUCGGAGCUCCUAUUGGUGAAUUUGGAGCUGAGGGUAUAAAGAUGACGCCCGUGGAGCCUAUGAAGAAAUGGACCAUCUCUUAUAGAGGGCAGAUGUGGUACCAAAAUGACCCAAGCAAAGUAGUGGACGUGGAGUUCAACGGAGAAUGGAACGCAACUAGCAAGUAUUUCGAUUACGACUGCGAUCUCCACCCGCCGGCUGUCAUCCGAUCCAUCGCGAGAGAGAAAUGGAGUCGAGAGUAUUUCGAGGGACUGAAAACUGCCCAUCAAUCCCACUAUGAGCAGUUCGGAGAAAUGAAAUGCAAAUUCAAAUUGGGCAGUGAAUGCUACGAAUAUACCCUGCCAUCCUUUAGAGAUCACAGCUUUGGUCAAACACGGGAUUGGAGUCUGAUGCAUCGUUACGCGUUCCAUCACAUUUUCCUAGAAGAUGGCACCAACAUCAGCGUCGGAGUCAUCUGCCAACCUUCCACCGCUACCAGUUUGGAGGCUGGAGUAGUGGGUCUACCGAACGGCGAAGUUUUAGCUGUGAAAUGGGCAGACCUAAAGUUGUACCAGCAUGGUGAGGGAGGCAGUGCGCCCAAAGACUACGCUUUUAGAAUACAAGCCGGGGAUGAGGUGUAUACCAUUCAGGUUCUGGUGGAGUACGAGUCAGUCCACUACGUGUCCCAGGAGUGGGAGGCGCGGAUGGUGGAGCGCUUCUGCUCUUUCAACGUGAACGGCGUACGCGGCCGGGGCGUGUCGGAGUUCCACUACCGGCACCGGGACGGUCGCCCGGAGAGUGCGGCCCGGGGCGACCCGGAGUGGUUCCGCACCAUGUGCCACAAGACUAGGGGCGCAGACAUCUAAGAUACUGUUAUGAUUCAACAAACAUUUGGGUAGCAAUAAGCUCUUGGGAACGCAAUAAGCUUUGGAGCAUCCUCAGGAGAUGUUCACUUAAGAAUUUUAUUCAUUGUAAAGUCAACAUCUCCUAAGGAUGCUCCGGUUUCGGAGCGAAACGUGCGAAGAGGGUACAUUGCCAGGGAUAUGUUUGGUGUCGAGUAUACUGAUUGAAGAAAUAAUAAAUUAUACCAUACAGAUUCUCUUGCCGUUCGCGGAGUAUAGCAAAUUAAGCUUCAUUUUCAUAAUAUAUUAUGGAUUUCCGCAAAGUGACGCCUGCUUCUAUCCAAUACUCUUGGAAAUUGGAUAGAAGCAUGCCUUACUCAAAUAAACAAUAUCAGCAGCGGAUAAACGCCUCACUGUUGGGCACAUUUAAUUGUCUAUCACAAGAGAAAUGGUUUAAGAGCAUAGACCCGCCACGCUGCUCUAAUGCGGGUUGGUGGGUUUUAACAACUAUAGUCUCAAGUUAUUGAUAAUAACCGAAACCUGAGCUCUACGAGGCACGGACACAUCGCCAUAUACAUAUCUCCGGGCUGGUACUGAAAGUUCUUUUACAUAGAAAAUAAAUAUUUAAUAAUUUAUGUCUGGAUCCGAGAUUCGAAUCUUGUGAUCUGUAGUUAAACAUGCCAACCAACCAAGAUCAAAGAGGUAUUUAGAAUAUUUUGCUUAUAAAAACAUACGAAGGUAAUGCGACAUACCUACAUAUGCAAUUAACGAAUGAAUAUACUUUCAUUGUUCAUUUCAGAUCAGAAAAAGAGAAAAUCGUGUAAUGUAUACAGAAAAACCGUUGUUAAAUUAAACUCGACGUUAAUUGUAUAAAGUAAGUGCUUGGUGCUGACAACACAACUUGAGAAUUGUCUUUGGAAAUAAUUAAUUUGAAUGAUUUAAGACAUUUAUUGUCUUUAGACACGUAUACAUAUAAAGGUAUAUUAUCUUCAGAUGGUUGUUACACCUAUAUUACGGUAUUGUUUUCAAUACGUGUAUGAAUAUAAUCGAAUAGCACUGUUUGAUUAAACUGCAGGAUUCUGGCCCGGCUUGUCGUAAUGUUUAUUUUACAGAAUUAUUUAAGAAGAUAUAUCUUGCUAUUAUUAAUCAAUGUAUUUUUAUGAUAUUAGGUACCUAGUAACUUCAAACGGAUCGUUAAGGUUUUUGUUAUUUUUAUACAAUAAAGAUUUGACGUUAUACGUUAUUUA